GUUGGAUAAUCGAUACCCAUAUUGUAUAAACAGGAGAAAUUGAACAAGAGUGGAGAAGAAAUGAUGAAGAAGAAGGAAAUGUGUAUAGAAUGAGUAUUGGUUAUAUGAGUUACAAGCCUCCUUCCUAUAAGGAGUAUAUAUAGGGAAAAUCCGGGUCUGGGCCUCUAAUAUGGGCCUGACAGACCCGGUUACAUAAAUGGACUGAUAGUAUAAAAAGCUAAUCUAGAACAUCUGAAUAAUAAUAAUAAUGUACAAUAAUAUUAAUGAUAUCUGCUAAACGUGUGUGGGCCGUUGUCCAGGCCUAGUAGUCGGCAUACCGGGGGGUCGGAGUCCAUAUAAUCCAUCAGGAGUCCCCCACUCCCUGAGUCGAGAGUACUCGAGGCGAAAGGGAGUAGUCCAAACUGUAUCUGCAACGUUCUUCCUUUUCGACCGGGGGACCACCACCCUUGUCCAUUAUGGGGAGGUGCCUCGUUAAAAACCUUUACUAGGAAAAAACCCAGUGGGAAAAAAUCCUAAUAAAGGGAAAAAGAGUACACCUAGCGCCCCCAACAUGAAACAAGGAAGGUAAAUCCCCUCCGGCAUAAUCAAUCUAGCUCAGCUCCUCCUCAACUGACUCAGCUCUCGUUCCUGCUCUUGCGUGAUAUUUUCUGCUCAUCUAGAAACUCUGACCCCUCAGUCCCCCAGUCCCCACUCUUUGAGGCGAGUGGAGACGAGGUGAAAAUGAGUAAAGUCAUCUUCGUACCUACACAUUUAUCAUACAUAUAAAUUUUUUUUCUUGGGAUUUAUGUUCCCGAUCGGGAGUUCGUCACUUGAAACAAGUGGAGAUGUGAAUUGUUAAUGUAAUGAUAAAAUACUUAGUAGAAUGGAUGUGUGAGCCAUUCGUAAGCAACGGUCGCCACUCGAGGAAUGACUAAGACCGGUCUUCGUACCCGACUUGGUCGGGGUUUUGUCUUCAUGCCCGACUUGGUCGGGGCUUUGUGCCUGAGGAGACAGGGCUUUGUGCCUGAGGAGUCAGGGCUUUAAAUCCUAGUGAUGGGUCUCAAGCCACACUCUACUAGGUAUUUGAUCAUAAGUGUGUGAUAGUGUGAUGCUCGCCCGACAAAAAAUUAAUUUAAAUAAAAAUAAAUAAUAUGAAAAUUAAAGAGUACUUAUCUUUUUGAAGUGGGCUGAAAUAAUGGAUUGAUUGGGCUGAAAUAUGUUGCUUAAAUUGAGGCCCAUUGAAACCACCUUGAAAUAGAAUAUCUUGGGCCUAUCUCUUUUAACCCAAGCUUGGCCCAACUUAAUUAGCUUGGCAAAACAAAAGCCACUGAUGUAGCGUACGUCGUAGGAGCACCGCCCUCACGCGGGAGCACCCUAACUAGGGAGAUUCCAGUGCCAAAUCCGCAUGCUAAGGAGAAAGUAUCGACGUCGGCGAAGGGCAGGACCUCUCAUCCGUCGCGGCAGCUUGAGUUUAUCUAGCUGAAUCCUAGCGGGAGGCGGCUGGCGACGUAGUGAGCAAGUUGCAAGCGGCGCUGCAAUGAUGGUACAUAAGAGACCUACUGGCUAGAAGCCGGCAAAGCGAGCUGCGACCAGAGACCGACGAGGUGACGGCGCGACUGCAAACGGCGUUUGGCGGCGUUGCGACUAGAGCGGUGGGGGGACCAUUGCCGUUUUGAGGUCGUCUUCCCUUCCCGCCGGCCAUUAAUGGCGGAUAUGCUAAGAUCUGGUUUCUGCAAGGCUUGUUCUCUCUGUACAGAGUCAGUUCUUGCGGACAAAAAUAGUGAGGAGCGCCCAACGAUGACUGACGGCGGCCACAGCUCCAAGUUUGGUGGAGUCCAUCAAGGCUGCGACGACCAUAACUUGGAGCAGCGCAGGCAAGUUCGGCAGCAACGGUUUGCGAGAUCUGCAGCAACGGAAACAGAAUCUGGACUGAGCGGCAGCAAGAUUCGGCCGACAGCGCACUGGCGAUUGCAUCUCCGGACCAGAUCUGAAAAUUUCAUAUCUGAAAUUCCACAUUUCUUCCUUUUCUUUGGAUUUUCCAGACUGUUUUCGAUGGAUUGUUUGGGAGGGUUUUUUGGAUCCGAUUGUUUGGAUUUUCCAGACUGCUUCUUGCAGCUUGAACUGUAUUUAGCCGUUGUUAACGAGUGAGUAGCGGUGCUGCUGCGAUUCAGGCGAGCUGCUUUUGUGACUGGCUCGAAGGAAAGGCAGCGUUCUGACUCAGGCGAGCAGCUCCAUGGAUCCGAACAGGUAUCGCGGCUUGGUACCUUCUCUGUGGGGUCGGUGCUGCCUGUAGCUGAAGCCGGGGAUUGGUGGGCCUAGUGGCGUGACGACGGAGGUGGAGCAGCCAGCUGCGACCAGCAACGAGCGGAUAAGACAGUUCCAGCAGAUUGGAAAAAUCCUGAUCUGAAAUUUCAAAUUUUCUUUUCAAGAACAGUUUUGGGUAGAUUUUUUUUGUGUGUGUUUUGGAUGAAUUUUUUGGUAUUUUGGGGAGGUUUUCUUACUUGAUUGUGUUCAACCUCUCAACGAGAGCACCAUUGUUGGAUAAUCGAUACCCAUAUUGUAUAAACAGGAGAAAUUGAACAAGAGUGGAGAAGAAAUGAUGAAGAAGAAGGAAAUGUGUAUAGAAUGAGUAUUGGUUAUAUGAGUUACAAGCCUCCUUCCUAUAAGGAGUAUAUAUAGGGAAAAUCCGGGUCUGGGCCUCUAAUAUGGGCCUGACAGACCCGGUUACAUAAAUGGACUGAUAGUAUAAAAAGCUAAUCUAGAACAUCUGAAUAAUAAUAAUAAUGUACAAUAAUAUUAAUGAUAUCUGCUAAACGUGUGUGGGCCGUUGUCCAGGCCUAGUAGUCGGCAUACCGGGGGGUCGGAGUCCAUAUAAUCCAUCA